AUGUCAACUUCUAAAUCAAUUAUAGAUGAGACUUACAUUAAUGUUCAUUUAAAAGGAGGUAAUCUCCAUUCUGAACUCUUACAUAUUGAAGCUUCUUUCAAUAAAGGUAUUAUUAUGAUUCAAUUUUUAGGAUAAUUUAAAGGAUAAUCUAUUCCAUUGAGAUGCUAAUGGUUUAAUAUAACAAAGGAUAAGGAUUUUGUAGAAAUAGAGGAUGUAUCAGGAUAAUUUUAUCAACCUUGUAUACUAGAUAUUGAUACUAAGUAACAUCAUCAAUAUUCCUAUAAGAAUUAUGGUUUAAGCCAUACCAAUUUUGGACUUUGAUUAUAAUGGAAUGCCCUUAAUGGCUGAAACUAAUUUUUUACAAGCCGAUUCAAAAAUUUUCGAUUUAGUAGAUUAAUAAAUUAAAAAUUAGGUUAACUAAGCAUUUAAUGAAGGAGAGAUGUAAUUAAAUUGUAAAUUGGAAAAUAUUUAGGCAUAAGAUAAUCAAUCUUUUAUGGAUCUUAAUUUACCUUUAAUAUGUACUUUAAUUGCCAAUGAACAUGGAUUAAUAAUGAAAACUGAUUAAAAUAAGACUAUUGUCAAUAUUGAUAAAUACGAAUUAAAAAUUAUAAAGAAAAAUAAUAAUUAGAUUGAGAUCUUCAAUUAAAAUAUUAAAUUAUUAGCAGCUGUAACAAAUAAUAUAGUUCGUGAUGCCAUUUUUUAAUUUAGCAAAACUUUAAAAUCAAAAAAAACUCAUUUAAGUGAUACAGCUUAAUUGUAUGUGAUACUUUCUGAUUAAGAAUAAAAGAUAGCUUAAAAAGAUAAUGAGAUAUCUUCAUUAUUAGACUUUAAGUAAAAGUUAACUAAGAAUCUAAAUGAACUUUAAUAAUAAUAUAAUUUAAAUAUUAAAAAAUUGGAAUAAAUUGAUAAAUAAAUAGCAUAAUAAAAUUAGGUAAUUGUAAAUAAGGACAAGGAAAUAAUUAAUUUAAAAUAAUAGAUUGAUAAAUUAGAUGGAAAAACAUAAAUUUAUAUAUAAGAAAUAAAGGUUUUAAAGAGUUAAGUAAUUUUAUUAGAAAAUACUAAUAAAAAAUAUUAGCAUGAGAUAGAAGAAUUAAAAAAGAAUUAAAAUUAAAAUUAAGAUGAAAUAAGGGAAAUGUUUUAUAGAGAAAAAUUAGAUAGCUUAAAAUUGUAAAAUGAUGUAUAUAUUAUUUAUAUUUAGAGAAAUGCAUAAAAGAAAAUCAAUAAUGGCAACUUAUAAAUGAUUAGUUAAUGAAAGAAAUAAAAAAACUUGAAAACAAUAAUAUAUUUUAUUAAGAAGAAAAAGAGUUAGUUUAAAAUGAAUUAAAUAGUUUAAAAAAGAAGUAUGAAAGUUUAUUAUAAGAAAUUGAACUUAAUUAAAAAAAAGAGAAAUCUGAAAUUUCAUCAGAAGUAAUUAUAAAAUAAUAAAAUUUUAGAGUGAUGUUUAAUCAAAUAAGUAAUCAGAAAUUAUAAUCUGUAAUCCAAUUGUAUAGAAUAACAAUGGUUAAUUAGAAGAAAUAAAGAGAUUGAAAACUACAAUAAAUAAUUUGGAAUCUACAAUUAAAAAGUAAAGAUGUGAAAAAUUUUAGUUUGAAAUGUGACUAUGAAUAGGAUAUGUUGAAAUUAACAAAUAAACACUUUUUAAAAAGCAAUACUUCUCAAGAAAUAUAAGUAUUGCAAAAAUUAGUAAUUAUAAAAAAGAAUAAUUAUAGGCUAAUUCUUUGGCUGAAAGUUUAUCAGAUAAAGAAUAAGCUUUACAAACAUAGAGAAACAUUAAUAGAGAAUUACUGAAUAAAAUAUCUGAAUUCACAAAGUGA